UUUUUUGGCAUCCUCUCCACAUCUCUAUCUUUUCUCUUCUGGGAUAUAAAACAGAACCACUUCUUACAUGUGGAGAAAUCAUAAACAAUACUAAGUCAUAUACAUUUUUGCCCCUCUCUCUCUCUCCUACGCACACAAUCAAAGUUGAUGAGCUAAACUGUAUUCUUGACUCUGUCCCCUGUUUGCUACUCCACCCUGCUGUAAUACAAAUCCCUUUAAUCCAGGCCAGGAACUCGCACAUAGCAUACAGUAAUUCUUGCUUUCUUGAGGCUGAAGAUGAGCUGGUGGUGGGCUGGAGCUAUCGGCGCUGCAAAGAAAAAAAUCGAGGAAGAUGAGGCACCCCGGAAGCACGAGAGCGUAGCCCUGAUAGUUGGGGUGACCGGGAUCGUGGGCAACAGCCUGGCUGAGAUCCUGCCGCUCGCCGACACUCCCGGUGGCCCCUGGAAGGUCUACGGUGUCGCCCGCCGUCCCCGACCCUCCUGGAAUGAUGACAAUCCGAUCAACUACAUCCAGUGCGACGUAUCCGACCCUGAUGAUGCCCAGGCCAAGCUUUCAACUCUCACUGACAUAACCCACGUAUUUUACGUCACCUGGACUAACAGAUCCACCGAGGCUGAAAAUUGCGAAGCCAAUGGCAAAAUGCUUAAAAAUGUGCUUGAUGCAGUCAUCCCUAAUUGCCCAAAAUUGAAGCACAUCUGCUUGCAGACUGGGAGAAAGCAUUAUAUUGGGCCGUUCGAGAUUUUCGGGAAGAUAGAAACCCAUGAUCCUCCGUAUACUGAGGAUUUGCCCCGAUUAAAUUACAUCAACUUCUAUUAUACCCUUGAAGACAUUCUGUUUGAGGAGGUGAAGAAGAAGGAGGGUUUGACUUGGUCUGUGCACAGGCCAGGGACGAUAUUUGGAUUCUCACCAUAUAGCAUGAUGAAUUUGGUGGGGACCCUUUGUGUGUACGCAGCUAUUUGUAAGCAUGAGGGUGAAGUUUUGAGGUUUCCAGGAUGUAAGGCUGCUUGGGACGGUUAUUCAGACUGCUCUGAUGCAGAUUUAACUGCCGAGCACCAGAUAUGGGCAGCGGUCGAUCCUUAUGCAAAGAACGAAGCCUUCAAUGUUAGCAAUGGGGAUGUGUUUAAAUGGAAGAAUUUCUGGAAGGUAUUGGCAGAGCAAUUUGGAGUGGAAUGUGGAGGGUAUGAGGAAGGCCAGACACUGACAUUGGAGGAAUUGAUGAAGGAUAAAGGUGCAGUUUGGGAUGAAAUCGUGAGGGAGAAUGGCUUGACACCCACUAAAUUGGAGGAUGUGGGGCUAUGGUGGUUUGGAGAUAUUAUACUUGGAAAUGAGUGUCCCUUGGAUACCAUGAACAAGAGUAAGGAACAUGGAUUUUUGGGAUUUAGGAAUUCAAAGAAUUCCUUCAUUUCUUGGAUUGAUAAGGUGAAAGCUUACAAGAUUGUUCCUUAACUUGAUACCUAUCCAGUCUAAGCUUGGUGAGUGGUUGUGUUUCCUUUCUGAUCUAUGUUCCUGUUUUUAGUGCGGCAUGUUGUAGUGUGUUGUUCGACUUUUCCUUAGUGAAUGAUAUUCUGCAAAGAAAGGGAAUAAUUGCUGAAGAUGAAGAAGCUCUGCGAUCUGAAUGUUUAAUAUGGCUUGUAAUGGAGUUACAACAAUGGAUUUUGCGAAUGUUAUGGAACACAUUGUUUGUCAUUGUAGAUUAUAUUGUUGGUUAGAUAAUUCUUGUUUGCUGUCU